AUGGAGUUCAAGGAGGUGCCGAAGGUUUCAACGGAACGGAAGAUGAAAUUUUCUGCAGUCCUGGAUCAAGGGGACGAAUCGGAGUUCAUCAUAUCCUCCGAGGAGCAGAAGCAGAGGCUGAUCAUGGAGCUGAAGCGGGACUGGCAUUGCAGGACUCCCACAACAAGACGAAGGUGGCAAGAAGCUGAUGAGCCAAGCUUUGCACAAGUUCCGCCGAUCUGGAGCUGGGCGAGGUCGAGAUCAACGAGGCGGCGAAGGUCUGAAAGCGAGGGCAGAGAAGACAAAGAAGAACAAGGGAGAGACCGAAGAAGCAGGUCCCAUAGACGUCCAAACAAGGACAAUCAGGACAAGGCGGAGUUCAAUGGGAAAUUGAUGACAUUGGACCUCUAUUUGAUGAAGAGACGGUUUUUCUUUUUGCACUUGUACUCUGGACCUCAGGACCCACUUGGCUCAGCACUCUCGAGAGCGGCACGAAGGCACAAGAUGAAGGUGACAGUCGAGAGCUUCGACAGGGACAGAGAUGGAGUCAACCUACUGGCCGAAGAACCCUACUCCGAGCUUCUUGAUAGAGCCAGGAGGGGGUUGUGGGAUGGGUUUCAUGCAGGGUUCCCAUGUACUUCAUUUUCGAAAUUGCGUUGGAGGGAAAUGAAGGGUUACCCUGGGCCCUGUCGUUCUCGAAGGCACCCUUAUGGACUGCCCAGCAACACCCAAAAGUUGCAAGAGGAAUGUGAUCAGGGUACAUUACAUGCCUCCAGAUCCAUAAUGAUGGGUGAAGUCAUUUUGAACUCCAGACCCGAAGACCGGAUCAAACCUGCUGUGACGGUUGAGAACCCUCCCCCAUCUGACCACGCGCAUCAUUGCUCAGCAUGGGAACUCCCGGAAGUGGACAGCGCGGUGGAGAAGAUGGACUGGACGAAGGUCAACUUCACUACGUGCCACUACCAGAGGGAUGUCGCAGCAGGUCAGAGGACUUACAAGCCACAGAUGUUUGCGGGCUCGCUGCUUGGCCUGGGGUCGCUGGCAGGCUCGUGCCCGUGCGGUGAUGCAGACCACAUCCCGGUGAUCGGCAAGCAGAGAUCUGUGUCGUCAGGACAUUUCCCCCAGGAGUUGUGCGACAAGUAUGCCGAGUUGGUCAUACAGCACUUCCGUAGGCUGGCAACCGCCGAGUUCUAUGCCAAGAGGGAAUCGGACUUGAAGAAGGAGGUGGAAGAGCUGAGGGGAAGGACCAAACGUGAAGCCUCCCCAACUCCGGAGAGAGGAGUCAAAGGCGAGCACAUCAAGACGAAGGAAGAGGAAAAACUUCAGGCCAAAGCCGACAGUGCGGCCACCUCCAAGUCCAAGGCGAAACCCAAGGAGGAGGACGAAUACACCUAUGAGUACGAGACGGAAGACGAUGGUGACACGAAGAUCAAGGAAGGAACCAUCUCGGUGAGUGCCGUCCGGGAUGACGAGUUCUAUCCACUUCCAACUCCGGGCCGGCGCCCUGACCUUUGGGGCAAGUCAGAUGAGACAGAUCUGACAGGACCCUGGAUGUCGCGAGUCCCAAUUUGCCCUUUCACCCCGUGCAAUCGGGUCGAAGCUGGCCGCGUGUGGGCGUGUGGCAGGAAAUGCACCCGGGACAUCGAUCUCAAGACUUCUCAGAAGUUCCGCGACAACGUCAUCAGAGGGAGGGGCAAACCGCAGAGGCUGACCAUGGGUGAGACUUUGGGCCGAGGUCGUCGAGAACGCGGCAACGAAGGGCGAGUACGGCACGAUGGCACCCAGUCAAGGAGACAGAACAAGCCCAAAGCAGAUGUCCAACAACGCAAAUGGACUCUUUGGGUCAACCCCUGCACUCAGCAGGGUACUACGCAUCGCCUCGGACACAUGCAAGUCAGUGUACAACAUGUGAAGGCAAAGGAGGACCCGGCGGAUAGAACGGAGAUGCCCAAGCUCAACCUGGAUGGAGGAGCAGCAUCGCACAACACGCGGAAGAGGAAGGCGUCCAAUGUCCUGGAACUGGCGAGGAGGGCCAGCAGAAACAGGAAAGCCAUCACCGAGCUGGAGGAAGGCUUCAACGCAAAGUCGUCCCGGGCAGCAAAGAAAGCGGUGAGGGCGACGGUGACGAAGAUCAUCAAGGAAGCAAGGAAUGAACCUCCCGGGCCGCCCACCACGGACAAGCUGAAGGUACUUGCGGCAGUCCUCAAACAAGCUCACUACAGGGCAGCCCCGCAAUACCUCGGGGAGUACAAGAUCAUGGUGAUUGAAGAAGGGCACCAGUGGACCGACCAAAUGGAAAGAGCCCUGAAGCUGUGCAAGAGAUCGACAACGAGAGCCCUGGGUCCAGCCAAGAAAGCUAAAGAGGUGGCGGUGAUGGAGACAGGGAAGGUUUUCGUUCCGGCAGUGACCAACAAGAAACCGAAGGUGGUCCCGUUAGCCCGGGAACUGUUUGAGUUUGGAGUCAUUUGGAUGCUGCGCGAGAUCGAGUUGUCCCACGUGACGAAGGGCCAUCUGAAAGUGGACGUUGAGCACCGGAGGGUGGUCCUAACCAUCCCGGUAUCGAAGACGGACCAGGAGGCCCAGUCAAUGACGAGGAUGUUGCAGUGCCUGCGCGAGGGAAAAGAAUGUGCAACAGGCUGCCCCUUAAGAAUCUCGGCGAUGUUGGUCUUUGGCAUGGAGGACAGGAACCUUCACUAUGCUUCGGUCACGUCGAAAGGGAAAAGAGCCAAGAAGUCGCAGUUGGUGAAGGAAUGGCAGAAGCUUUACGGCAGCGAGACAUCAGGCCAUUCCACCAGGCGAACGGGGGCACUGAGGUACAUCAGGCACGGUUGGGCCAUCCCCCAAGUAGCCUAUUUGGGCCGCUGGAAGUCCGACGUGAUUUACCAGUACGCGGCAGAGGCCCUUGAGUCCCUCCCCGUCAACACCAACAGGGCUUUCAUCUCUGACCUCUACGGCACGAAGGACAACGACGGUGGGCCAGUCUUCUACAGAGCCAAAGAUGUGGAAGAGGUCCGCGACUAUCUCCUGGCCGAGCUGAUGUUGGCGAGGGAACACCAGGAACGUGCCCUCAAGGCCAUGGAUUUCGAAGUCGAAUCCCUGAAAAAGAGGAGCGACAGGAACAAUGGGAAACUGCCGCCCUACAUCCAAGCCUUGAACAGCAGGAUCAUCCACCACAAUUGGAACAUGACGAGCUGCACCCCGCCACUCGCUUGGAAAACCUUGUGCGGCUGGCACUACCACAAGGCUGACUACAUGUUCGUCUGGUCAGAGGAUGGCGGGAAGGUUUGCAAGAAGUGCACCGAGAUCGCGCAAUUGCAAAUGAGGUAA